CCUUUCUUUAUCACCUUUCAUUUUCCUAUGCUGCGCUCUUUACCUCGCUGUAGAUUAAAUACACCGUUGAUUCGAUGUCUGCGUUAUUAUGACAAGCCAGUGCAACGAAUUUCUACUCCUUACACCCGUAAUCUGCUGUUGAGGUCACCUCCGUCUCGAUAUCUGAUAAUCUCUCGAUACUACAGCACAACGAACGAAUCAGGUUCGACUUCCGCAAAGGGAAAGAUUAAAGGAUUCAUGAAAAAAUAUGGAGCUGUUGGACUGGGGGUGUAUCUGGCGCUGAGCGCAGUGGACCUCAGUUUAACCAUGGCGGUUAUCAGUGUCAAGGGCGCCGAUCGUGUCAAGCAGAUGGAAGAUUGGGUCUUUUACAAGGUGAAAAGCUGGAUUGGAUUAGAACAUAAACCUUUCGAACCAGGGACGACCGCAGAGAAACCAUCCUUCACAUCUUUAUUCGUUAUCGCUUACGGUAUCCAUAAGACGUUGCUUUUACCUUUCCGACUAUCAUUGACAGCUGCCAUUACACCUGCACUGGUGAAAAGACUACGAAAACUUGGAUGGAUUCAUAAAACCAACAAUAAAUAGAUUUGAC